AUGGCUUUCUCCGCAGCUGACCUCCAGAAGGUACGUCGUCCGUUCUCGCAAGCAAGUACGGUCAUGGAGAGGGCAGGAGAGUGCGAGGGUUUGGCAGUUGGACUGAGGGACGAUGAGCGACACCUUGAGCUCGAAGGCGCUCCCGACCCCUUCCCUACUCUCGGCGCUGCUCCCACUCCGGUCGCUAAGAAGGUCAAGCCUGCUACUACUGCUGCUGUCGACACCAAUUCCGAGGAUGCUUUCCCUUCCCUCGGCGCGUCUUCUGCCCCCAAGGCUGCUUCCAAACCCGCUACCUCUCUCUGGGCUUCCAAGUCUUCCGCUGUAAAGACUGCCGCCAAGCCUAUGGCUCCCGGUGGUCUCGGCAGGACUGGUGUUCCCUCUGCUGGCUCUCACCCCUUCGCCGAGACCUUUUCCAUCCCCUCUGCUGAGCUCGUCCAGGGCAAGACUACCCAGGAGACUGUCAAGAAGGUCCAGGAGCAGACUGGUGCCAUUGUCGAGUCUUCUACUCAGAUGCGCACUGGCCUCAAGACUUUCCACGUCAGGGCGGCCGACCAGAAGAAGCUCAACCAGGCUCGAAGGAUGAUUGAAGGUGGCUUGAGGAAGCCGGUCAACAUCUCUGUCGAGGUGCCUAUUACUGUGCUUGGUACCAUCAUCGGCCCCAAGGGUGCCACUCUCAAGAGCAUCAUUGACGCUACGGGCGUCAAGAUUGAUGUCCCUCGUCGUGACACUUUGCCUGCUUACUCUCCCAAGGACAAUGGUUCUGACGAUGAUGAUGAGGAGAACGAGGAGCCUCAGGUCCCUAUCGCUGUUUCUGGAUCUUCCAUUGGCUGUAACGACGCCAAGGAACGUAUCCUUGCCCUGUUUGCCCACAAGAUGUCUCAGACCUCCACCUCUAUCAAAACUAUCCCCUCGGCUUUCUACAUCCUCUUCUCUUCCAAGGUGUCCGAGCUUGAGCAAGGCCUCGGCGAGAGCAAGGUGUCUAUCAAGGUCCCUGAGCCUGCCGUGUGGAAAGCGCUCGAGCAGCAAGGUCAGGCCGACAUUGAAGGUCGAAAGGUUUCUGUCGAUAGCGAGGCUUCUAUCAAGGUCAAGGGUGACCGAGAGGCUGUGAAGGCGGUUGUUGAUGCUAUCAUCAAGGAAUUCGAGACUGUUUCCAAGGGUUUCUCCCUCAAGCGAGUUUCUAUCCCCAAGCGUCAGCACCGAUUCCUCAUUGGUUCCGCGGCUUCCGACAUUCUUGCGGAGACCGAAUCGAUUGUCGAGCUUCCUGCUGUUGACGACUCUUCCGACCGAGUCGUCAUCCGAGGUCCCCAGUCCAAGCUCGGUGCCGCUCAGUCCUUAGUCUUUGAAAAGGCCAACGCUGUGACUGUUGAGCCCGUCGACCUUGCUGCUCUCUUCCGACGAUCUACCUCUGAGCCGGUCAGCCACGCCACCAACGUCCUCCGAUACAUGCGAUCUGCCAAGAUCAAGACUAUCGCUGCUGCUCACCCUAAAGUCCAGAUCUUCCCUGCUUUCCCCUCUGCCAUCGAGAACACUGGUGAUGUGAUCAUCGACGUUGUUGGUGAAGACGGUGAAGAGGUUGCCAAUGUCGUUGACGAGAUUGAGGCCUUGGCCAAGACCAUCGAUCCUUCCAGUGUGACUACCGUCCAGGUCGACCACCUUGCCCACAGUUUGUUGACCGGCAAGAGGUCUUCCAAGAUCUCCAACUUUGAAAAGGCCCACAACGUCACCGUCGUCUUCCCUUCUGCUUCCGAGGAGUCUUCAAAUGUCUUGCUCGUUUACAACGGUCCCAAGAACGCCAACCCUACUGGUGUCUUUGAGGCGGCGUCCAAUGAGCUCUCCGAGAUUGCCAAGGAGGUCGCCGACAUCAAGACCGAGGUGCUCGAGGUCGACAAGAAGUUCCACAAGUACAUCAUUGGCCAGGGUGGAUCCGUCCUCAACGCCAUCAUUGGUGAGGACGCCCUCGUCUCCGUCAAGGUCGGUGUCUCUGGCAGCAAGUUCCCUUCCACUACCCUCGAAGACUCUGUCACCAUCCGAGGUCCUCGAACCGAGGUUGACCGUAUCUCUAAGCAGAUUGCUCAGGUCGUUGAGGAUGGCAAGAACGACGCGAUCGUCAACGGUUAUACUGCUCAGUUCGAUAUCGACCAGAAGUAUGUUCCUCACCUCGUUGGUCAGGCCGGUGCUUCCAUCAACAAGUUGAGGGAGACUCUCGACGUCAAGGUUAACUUUGACGAUGCCGCUGAGAAGGAGGUCAAGAAGGGUUCCAAGAAGACCACUGUGCACUGCACUAUUGUUGGUCGUAAAGAGCCUGUUGAGGAGGCCAAGAAGCGACUCCUUGCCCAGAUCGAGAAGCUCGAGGACGAAACCACCGAGUCUGUCACCAUCAAGCGAGCCAUCCAGCCCGCUCUCAUUGGUGCCGGUGGCAAGUACGCCAUCCGUCUUGAGGAGAAGUACGGCGUCAAGCUCUCCUUCCCCCGAGAUGCCAAGGACACUGGUGCCAACCCCGACCAAGUCACCAUCCGAGGUGGCAAGAAGGGCGUGGCUGCUGUCAAGGCCGAGUUGUUGGAGGCUGCUGCUUUCGAGACCGAGUCCAGGCAGGAGGCCUCUUUCAAGGUUCCCGGCAAGGCUGUUGCUCAAAUUGUCGGCAAGGGUGGUGCUACCAUCAACGGUAUCAAGAACGAGACUGGUGCGCAAAUCGACAUUGAGCGAGAAGCUGGUGAAGAUGGAAAGACCACCAUCACUGUGCGAGGUGAUAAGGCGGCUAUUUCUGCUGCCAAGGAAGCCGUCCUCAACGUUGUCAAGGAGCUCGGCGAUGAGAUCACUGUGGAAUUGACCAUCGACUCUAAAUACCACCGAUCUCUUAUUGGUCAAGGAGGUUCCAACCUUCGAGAGCUCAUCUCUACUGCCGGUGGUCCCUCCGAGGGCUACAAGCAGGCUGGUCUCGUCAACUUCCCUCGAUCUGGUGAUGAAGCCACGGACAAGGUCCGUCUUCGUGGUGACAGCAAGCUUGUCAAGAAGAUCCAAGAGGAGCUUGAGAAGCAAGUUGCUACUUUGAAGGAGACUGUGGUCUACGGUGUCGUCGUUCCCCAGGCUCAGCACGCUACCAAGAUUGGUAGGGGCGGUUCCGCUUUGCAGGACUUGCAGAGGAAGACCGGUGCUGUGAUCCACUUCCCUGGCUCUAGGCAGUACAGCUCCAUCGGCGAGAUCGAGAACAAGGAGGAGCUUGGUGAUGCGGCCGAGACCGACAUCGUCAAGGUCAUCGGCUCCAAGUCUGCCAUUGCCAAGGCUACUGAAGUCCUCCAGAUCACCAGCGAGCGACCUCAGAGGUCAGACUCCCGCCAGGCUCAGGGCCGAGGCACUCCCGACUUGGCCUCUCAGAACGUCUCCAUCCCCGCCAAGUUCUACCACGCCAUUGCUGAACAAGCCAACCUCAUCCGUCAGAUCCGCUCUGUCGGUGCCUUCCUCAACAUCCCCACCCCCGCUCCCGCCAAGUCUUCCCCUAAGCGUCCUUCUGGCGAUGCUAACGGAGAGGCCCUUGCCGCCAAGACCGCCAGGAUCGAUUUGGACGGCGAGGAGGAUGUGCCCGAUGUGCAGGGCGAGUGGGCUUUGGAGGAGAACUACCAGGAUGGUGGAGAUGAGGAGCUCGAGUGGGCCGUGAGGGCCAGGGAAGAGGAUUUGGAGAGGGCUGUCAAGAUCCUUGAGGGCGCGCUCGAGAAGGCCAAGCAAGCUACCCACAUUGGUUAUCUUACUGGUCUCCCCAGGUCCGCCUUCCCCAGGAUUAUCGGUUCCAAGGGUGCUACCAUCUCUAGGAUUAGGCUCGAGACCGGUGCCGACGUCCAAGUCGGCAAGGAGGACGACUUGAUUACCAUCACUGGGGACAAGGAGUCCGUUCUCCAAGCCAAGGACGCGAUCGUGAGCAUUGUCUCUAGGCCCAGCCGAGAGUCCCGAGAGAGGUAUUAG